UAUCUAAGAAAUAGCAGAUUUUUUUAUUCGUUUAUCCACCCGAUUUAUGACUAACGAGGAGGAGACACAGGAGGACGGAUGGAGCUUGGAUGAUUAUCCAAGCGAUAUUGAGUCGCUUGAUUUAAUUCAUUUAAAACUAAAAGAAAUUGUUACACUUCAUCUUGAACGAUUUUCUAAGCUCAAAAUGCUAUGUUUAAGACAAAAUCAGAUUGAUAUGUUUCCUCAUCCAUCAAAUCUUCCGACGAAUCUGGUGGAAUUGGAUCUUUACGAUAAUAAUAUUUCAUAUAUUCCAGAAUAUGUAGUAUUUCCAGGCCUGGAGACGUUGGAUUUGAGUUUUAACUGUAUUAAACAUAUUCAACAUCUUGAAGAAUGUAAUAAUCUUAAAAACUUGUAUUUUGUGCAAAAUAAAAUAUCAAAAAUUACGGGUCUGGAUAAAUUGGAAGCACUGGUUAACCUUGAAUUGGGAGCGAAUCGUAUACGAACAAUUGAAAAUCUUGAAAAUCUGGUUCAUUUGAAGGAAUUAUGGCUUGGGAAGAAUAAAAUUACAGAGCUUAAGGGUCUAAAAACACUUCAAAAUCUUCGUAUUCUUAGUUUACAAUCAAAUCGGUUAACAUCACUUAAUGGUUUAGAAGAAUUAGGUGAUGUAUUAGAAGAGCUAUAUGUUUCGCAUAAUGGAAUCGUGUCGAUCGAAGGACUCCAAGUUCUUAAACGACUUAGAGUUUUGGAUAUUUCGAAUAAUAAAAUUGAAAAAUUGGAGUAUAUUAAUCAAAAUACAGAACUACAGGAAUUGUGGGCAAGUUAUAAUCAAUUAUCUGAUUUCGAAAACAUUGAAAAAGAGUGUAAAACUAUGAAAAACUUGGUUACAAUUUAUCUAGAAGGGAACCCUUUACAAAAAACGAAUGGACCGACAUAUAGGAACAAAAUAAAAUUGAUUGUCCCUUGGAUAAAACAGAUUGACGCUACAUGUGUACAAAUUUAAAUUUUAUCUCCAAAAGAAAUUAUAAAUUAAUAAUUAAAUAUAU